GGAAGGGACCCUCCAUUUUUAACUCAGAGCCAAUGCAAUAUAUUCUCAAGAAUCUUCUCUCCAGUCCAUUAUUUUCCUUUUGAUUCUCUCUCUUUUGUUGUUCUUCUUUUUGCUCCUGUUACUCUGGAUACGCUUAUCAACUUGCUGCGAAGCUGAAAAAAGAAAGCCACCCAUCAAAAACGUUUUUUUUUCCUUUUGUUUUUUUAAUCAACAGCAUCAUCACCAUCAUGUGUGUUAAAGAUGCAGAGCAGGUCAGCCAAGAAAUGGAGGACCUUGAUGACAGCAAUAACAAAAAGACUUGGCCUUUGCUUUGUGGGGGUGAUUUCUUCUGUACCCAGAUGGAGAAUUGGGAUGAUAAAGACUCUCCUGUGGCUAUGGUCAGUGGCAGCUCUAGACUGGAAAGUAUUUCUGAGGAUGCAGUUGCCACAGACAGAAAACAUAAUGUGUUGACAAAUUUUGUCCCCACUCUUCGAUCUGGAGAGUGGUCUGACAUUGGGGGUCGUGCCUACAUGGAGGAUACUCAUAUAUGCAUUGCAGACUUGGCUAAGAAUUUCAGUUGUAAUUUAAUGAGUGAAGAAGCUGUUUCCUUCUAUGGUGUUUUUGAUGGGCAUGAAGGGAAGGGUGCAUCUCAUUUUGUCCGUGAUCAUUUACCUAGAGUAAUUGUUGAGGAUGCUGGUUUUCCCUUAGAACUUGAGAAAGCAGUGACCAGGUCAUUCAUGGCGACUGAUGCUGCAUUUGCGAAGUCAUGCUCCCUUGAGUCUGCCUUGGCUUCUGGCACUACUGUUCUCACUGCAAUCAUAUUUGGGAGGUCUCUACUUGUGGCAAAUGCUGGGGAUUGUAGGGCAGUACUAUCACGGCAUGGAACAGCUAUAGAGAUGUCCAAAGAUCAUAGGCCCUGUUGCUUGAAAGAGAGGAGACGAAUUGAGUCUCUGGGUGGAUUCAUUGAUGAUGGGUAUUUGAAUGGCCAACUGGGUGUCACCCGGGCAUUAGGUGAUUGGCACCUUGAAGGUAUGAAGGAAACAGGCGGGAGGGUUGGCCCUUUAAGUGCUGAACCAGAACUUAAAAUGAUAACAUUGACCAAGGAAGAUGAAUUUUUGAUCAUUGGCAGUGAUGGAAUAUGGGAUGUUUUUACCAGCCAAAAUGCCAUAGAUUUUGCAAGGAGGCGGCUACAGGAGCACAAUGAUGUGAAGUUGUGCUGCAAAGAAAUAGUUGAAGAAGGAAUAAAAAGAGGAGCAACAGACAAUUUGACAGUUGUUCUGGUUAGUUUUCACUUGGAGCCACCUCCCUCUUCUGUCAUACAAAGGGUUAGAGUCAGGCGAAGUAUUUCUGCUGAGGGGCUUCAGAGUCUCAAAUGCCUUUUAGAAGGAUAGAAUAUAUAUUUGUUUAUCACUCUGUACGUGAUAAAUAAAGGAGGGAACCAGCUAAUGAUUGUACUUGGCUGUCAGGUGGGAUCUUCCUGUGUAUAUACAUUCACCAAUAGAAGAAGAAAAUUUGAAAGAAUCAAAUUAUGGAAUUAUAAUUCAUAAUUUGAUAGAUUUUAGAUUCUCUUUCGCAAUCAUUCUUAUUGGCUUCUAAUGGAGCUCCAGGAUAAUUUGAGGAACAGAAUUGAUUUGUAUAUAAGGGGCACAGCUGAUUGUAAACAGAAAUAAUUCUGUUAUUGUACUAUUUUUUUAAUAUAUAUUAUCGCACACAAUUGCCAUG